CAUUACAGCGCUCUGUAGAGUACAUGAUUAAGUGAUAGAUUACAGCUAUGGAGCUUCUUCUACGUGUGUCUCUCUGCUUCCUGACGUUUACUGGAAAAUUGCUUGGUGAUGAAAUCGGUGUCAUCACUGUGGCUGUACCAAAGGGUAGUGAUGCUAUUUUACCCUGUUCUCCCACCUCAAAGGAAGAUCUCUCAUCUCAGUUAUUUAAGUGGAGAAAAUAUUAUCAGAAUGAAGUGUUUCUUUAUAAUGCUGGGUAUCAUUACAACAAUGGACUUAAAGGUCAAGAUUCACAGUUUAAAGGACGUGUGUCCUUUUUUCAAGAUCUGCUAAGUUCUGGUAAUGCAUCUAUAGUGAUCCAAAAUGUAAUGCUGAAAGACACUGGAAUCUACAGAUGUGAGUUUCCAAAACUUCAGCCAAGAAGCGAAACAUUCCAGAUCAAACUUGUUGUUAAACAGUUUGAAAGAGAGGGCAGUAAUGUCAUCUUGCCCUGCUCUCCCAUUGGAAAGGACGACCUCAGACAUCAUGUGUUCGACUGGAAUAGAAAUGAUUCAGAGGAGGUGUUUUUAUAUGACAACGGCAGUUAUUACCACAAUGGAAAAUCUGGUCAAAAUGAAUAUUUUGAAAAUCGAGUUACGUUUUUCCAAGAUCAGCUGCAAGUUGGUAAUGCAUCCAUUCAAAUCAACAACACACAGCAGAAUGACAUUGGAAUCUACAGUUGUGAAUUUCCACAUCUUAAGCCACAAGGACAGAAGUUUUACAUCCAGCUUGUUGUUGGUACUUGUCCAAAGCCUUCUUUCAGCAUUCGUAAGAAACUAGAUGGUGGAAUGCUGGUGCAGUGUGAAGCUCAUGGCGUUUAUCCAGAACCUACAAUGGAGCUGCAUAAUAGUGCUGAUGUCCCUAUUGAUCCUGUGAACAUUACAAAUUCUUUGAAUGGAAAAUACAUCAACCUUCAAGCUGUUGUAACCAAGGAAGAUGAAUACCAUUGUGUUAUGAAGCAAGAAGGCAUAUGCCACCAAAUUUACUCAACAAAAACCUUGGUGAUUGUGGCCUCUGGUGAUGACAGUGGAUUUUUUAAUGGACUUUCUGUUGGAGCUGGUGGUGUAAUUUUUGUUGUUUUCUUAUUUGCCCUCUUUUAUUUUCUGUAUUGGCAUAAAAGAAAACUUUCAGGUAUGCCAGAUGACAGAACUAAUACAAGAUCUGAGGAGGAAACCCUUACUAGAUUGAACUAAGAUUAAAUAAAUAUGCAUGUGAGAAAGAAUCAUCAAUUUGACAUUUCUCAAUGAGAAUAAUUGGUACUGGACCCAUUUUGUGUCAUUAUUAUUUUGUGUCAUUCAGUGUUUAUGAAAUAUUCACAAAGAUAAAUUCUCUCAAAAUUGCUUUUAGGACACAUUAAGAUUUUACAAUGAUCAUAUGAGACAACAUAGCAGAAACAAAACUAAUUUCUCCAUUACUGCUUACAACUGCUGCAGAGACUAUAAUAUUAUUUAGAAUGUUUCCACACAUAGGUUCAGUGGAGUCUGUUUUGACCAACUGGAUGAGUUUAACAGAACUGGGAGUUGUGAAUAGUACAAAAGACUGAUAUGUAUGCGUUUGUUAUGGCUUAUUGUACAUUUGGGCUAUUUCCACUCUUCACACAAAUUGACAUUAAACUGUAUAUUUAAAAAAUAGCUUUUUACUAUUGUAUGAAACUUGUUUCUAAACUUUUUUUAAAAUCUGCAUCAGCUUUUGGAUUUUUUUUUUUUCUCUCUAUCUGAUACUUUGUUUUCUAUGACAUGCUAAAUGUUUUUUUGGCUGUUUUAGAAACUGUUCAGUAAACAAAUUUUUAUUAAUUUCAUCAAAUUGAAUAACUUUCACAGUAACAAGGGAUGUCAUUUUUAUUUUAUUCUUAUUAAAUGUUUUAGAACCUCUGGAUAAUAGGUUAUGAUUUAAAAGGAAGUUGUCGCCAUAACUAGUGGCCAAUUUUAUAUAUCAUUGUUAAAAAACUUAGCAUGAAGAAAUUUACAUUUAAAAGUGAAAUGGCAUUGCUGUGAAAUAUAAUGUCUUAUAAGAAAAUACUGGCAGGAGUCCCCUUUCUUGUUAUCAAUAUGAAUGCACUAGAAUCUAAUUUAUGGACUGCUUUUUGUUUCCUAGCUAUGUUAUUUUGAUCUCUAUCUUAUUUAAUGACAUUUUUUAUUGACUGGUUUAACUUAACUUGUGUGCCUGUGCAUUUAAAGAGAAAGUGAAGGAAAAACUUUGUGGUGCCACUUUAUGUCUCAGCCAGAUCUAGAGAAAUUCAUCCAUGCGUUUAUCUUUAGUUGCAACAGGGGAUGCGGCUUCUGCAUCCCCAGAACCAGAACCAAAAGAGAAGAAGCAGCUUUCAGCAUCUAUGCACAAAAAAUUUCGAACAAACUUCCAGAAAACUGUAAAACAGCAGAAACCCUGACUUUCUUUAAAUCUCAACCAAAAACACACCUGUUUAGAAUUGUGUUUGAAAUGUAAUAUGUAACAAUGUAUUGUUUAUUCUAUGAUGCAUGAUUUUGUGUUUAUGAUGUAAACACAAAUGCCUUGCUGCUGAAAUGUGCUAUACAAAUAAAAUUUGAUUUUCAUUUGA